AUGAGAUGCUCUGUUUUGCUGGGGGGCUAUCCCAGUGGUGCACCCACUGGUGCCUGUGAAGACAUGCUGCCUCGCCAUUCUGGGGUGCUGCCUCAGCCUUCACCAGCGCCAUAUGCUCUUCUCACCAACACCAGGAUGUUUCAGCCAGGCAAGGCUAUUAGAGUGGUUAUCACUGGACCAGAAUACAGAGGUGUGCUUCUGGAGGCUCAGACAGUCGGAAGCACUAAUGCUCUGGGUAGCUGGCAAAUCCCUCCUCCAGACACAAAGUUUCUUCAGUGCGCAGGAAAUACACAAGGCGCUGUUACUCAUUCCAACACCAACCUGAAGGGCAACACCACUGUGUACAGCUGGAUACCACCAAAUUCUACAAGCAAUGUCUACUUCAUGGCCACAAUCGCUCAGCAGCGCACAGUCUUCUGUGUUAAUGUGAAGUCCAAACCUCUGAUCAGAGGGAAACCCAGAGGUCUCAGUCUGGCUACAGAUGCAAGUGCAGGAAUGGCUGAAGAAAAACCUAUGCUUCUUCUUGUGAUAUGUUUGCUAUUGUUACAGGUGCUGGGGUGA